AUUGAUAUAUAUUGCAAGUAGUGUGUCUGACUGACUGAUUGGACGUGCAUGUAUUUAUGAAGUUUGAUAUAUUAUCCAUAUAAAAAUUGUGUAGGUUAUUGUACUAAGACAUUAUCUUUAAGUAGUUUAUUAUAGGCAUUAACUUUUAGUAGUUUUAGACAGAAAUUUGGCUAUUUUUCUGCAUUUGUUUAAUUUCCACCUGUAAUUUCCUUUUUGUACAGAGUAAGGAAUCGGUUAUGUUUUACACUAUUGUUUUCUUCUCGUUUAGAAAAGAACAGCCACAUCAUUGCAAUCUACAGGUUUAAGGAAAUCUCUUAGAAAACCUGCCGAAGACAGGCUCUAUGAAACCCUGCAGCUUUCUUGAUGUGAGUCUGGAGAUGAAGAUGAACCCCAACAUGAUCCUCCAGCACAAAAGAUUCAUGGAUGAAGAAAAUGUACCACUGACAGUAUUUAUGAGGAACAGUGUACAAGGGAUUGCGCCAGAUGAAAGAAUUGACGUCAUAGAUGCUGCCAUUAAAAGAUAUUUUACAUCCAAAAAGGAGGCCAACAAUAGGCACAAUAAGAAUAAAGAAGAGUUAAAUAAAAAGAGGCAAGCAACAUCUGAAAGAAAGAAAGAGAAAUUGAAGAGGAGACUUGUUGCGGUAGAGAAGAAGACGGGAUGGUCCGAGGAGAAGAAAAAUAAAGUUAGAACAUUUUUCCAGCUACCAAAUGCUCACAAAUAUAUGAGCAGUGAUGAGGAGGGAGAUGAUGGUUUUGUGUCCCAUCCAUAUUCCUGGGAGAGUGAGGAAUUACAGAAAGUUAAAGGAAGUCUGGACAAAAAAUAUUUAGAGACAUGUCCUCCACGUAGCAAGAGGUUAUUGUCCAAAAAAGUAGGGGGUCUCUAAGAGAAGAAGAGCCUACUAAAUUGAACAUUAUUCAUGCAUGGACUUUAAACAUGUGAGUUGCAUGUUAAAAUAUGUUCUUAACAUGUAAUAUUUUUUUUAUUUUUUGACUAUGUGAUGCAUAUGCAAUUUCUUUUUUGUAACACCACUUUUUCAUUUGUACACAUAUUUAGUCUUUGAAUCUGAAGUGUCACAGGGAUCUGUAUUGGGACCAUUGUUGUUUUUAUAUAUAUGUGUUAAUGAUAUUGCAGAUAUACAGAUUAUUUGCGGAUGAAAGUUCUCUGCAGCAGUCAUUCAAAUCUGUUAAAUUUUUCGAAGACAAUUUCAAUUAUGACCUUUAGAUUCAGAAAAUGACCUUUGUAGUUCAAUUCUUUUAAAACAAAAUUUGAUACCAUUGAUACAAUAAGAAUUGUUCAAAUUAAGCAUAUAUUUACACAAAAUUCAAGACAAUGCAUUCUAUCAUAAAAUAUAUCAAAAAUAUUUUGUUAUGCAUCACAGCAUGUUUGAAAUAUGAAUGAUUUAUUGUGUACAAUUUGUUUUAUAUUGUUAUACAUGUCCAUGUAUAUUAACCACCGUUAUUGUGGUAUAUAAUCAUACAUUUGUAAAAAAUAGAAAUUAAUAAAUUGACUAUUGAUAUUUA